CUUAUAGUAAAAAGAGCACACGUUGUCUACAUGUAUUCUCGAAGAUCGUUUGAAAAGAAUAAGAAAUGAAAUCCAAGUGAAUUUCACUUUGAGACAAAAAUAUUGCCUUGCAUUAAACAGUCAUUGUUUGGAAUAGCUACUUAAAGAUUUGAUUUGUUCAGUUAGGCCUACAGCAAUCACACGAUUUCGGGUUGUGUUGCUGAAGACUUUUUCCUCCCCAAAUUAAAAACUUAAAAUUGAGAAUUCCGAGGAUUGAUUUUUUUCAUUUUUUACGAUUUUCUCACAGGAUUCACGCGCAUAAUCCAGAAUGAAUAAAAUUACAGAGGGAUCCCAGCUUUACCAUUAUAUUGUGGACGACCUCAGCGACCCGCGAACUGCAGAUUGGUUCAUGGUUCGAUCCCCAGUCUCCCUCUUUCUGAGUAUCGGUGCAUAUCUGUAUCUGGUGAAGAUGGGGCCUGUUUGGAUGCAGUCAAGGAAAGCAUACGAUCUCAAGAAUAUAAUGAUCUUCUACAACUUCUGUAUGGUGGCGCUUAGUGCUUACAUGUUUCACGAGACAUUGGUAACUACUUGGUUUAAUUCAAAUUUUAGCAAAGUGUGUCAACCAGUUGACUAUUCCAACAAUCCGCAAGCUUUAAGACUGGCAAAUGUUAUUUGGCUUUACUACUUGUCAAAGUUAAUAGAAUUCCUUGACACG